AUGUUAUCACCAACAAAAUGUUGGGCUUGUAUUGGAAAAGAAUUAUAUGGUGCCGCAUCAACACUUCCACGUGAUUUUUAUGAAGCCUGUCGUAAUCAUUUUAAUAUUACAUUACAUCAAGAUACCUUUAUAGGUGUACGAUCAUCACAAGUACGGGGUUUAUUUUUAAGUACUAAAAGUAAACCAAUAGAAGCGAAUCAACCUCUUAUUACUAUUCCACUCUCCAGUAUCUACACUACCUCAAAUAUUCAUACUAAACCUAAUACACUUCCGUAUAUAACACUUGAUGGAGUUCGUAAUGCUAUACGAGAUGAAGAAUUUAAAAUGAUGGCCCCACAAUUAUAUCUUGGUUUACAAUUUAGUGCCAUCAUUUCAAGUUUACCUGAUAUUACACAUGCUCAAAAUGCUGAAGAAGUAAUGCGUAUUUCACAGAUUUUACGUGGUGGAGCUAUGCCAUGGGCUAGACUCAUUGAUGAUGAAGAUUUUAAUGAACAAUUUAUUUUUGGUAUGUAUGGAAUGGCUUUAGAUACUUGGCAACGACAAAGUUAUGAUGAAAUGACUACCAUGUUUCAUCGUAAUAUUACAGCCAUACAUGAGAAAACAUCUCCACCUUUUUCUAUAGAUACAUUUAGACGCAUUACACGUUUGGUGUUAGCACGUGUAGAGCACAUGCCUCCUAUAAAUUAUUAUGAUGGAUCUAUUUUUUUACGUCGAGCCCGUCGUUUGAUGCGUCGCUGUAUGAAAAGAUCAGAUCCGGUAGAAACAUCACUUGUGCCUAUGCUGGAUUUAGUGAAUCACUCCAAUCGGCCGAAUUCUGGUAUUCGUGUUGGUCCAAGUGCUGCAGCGAAUGGAAAAGGGGCUAUCACUAUUUAUUCACUCGCACGUAUUAAUCCAGGACAGGAGAUUUGUCGUCAUUACAACUUUGCUAUUAAUAGACUAAAUGCUCUCUUUCGAUAUGGAUUUUUACCAUUUGAUCUUAUUUCUAUUGUAGAGCAUGAUGCGAUUGAUGAGUAUCUUGUGAAGAAUCAACACAUGUUCCGUGGAGAAUCGGAAGAAGUGCAGAUGAAGCGGGCAAAGGAACGGCAGGAGAUUCAGAGACUUGAGAAGAUCUAUCAACAGGCACGCGCUGGCCGAAUGCCGAAUAAUUCAUCCGGUAACUAG